UACGAUCGAUCCAUCACAACCUUCGAUCCUUCCGGCCGUCUUCUUCAAGUGGAAUACGGAAUGGAAGCUUCGAAUCGUGGUGUACCGAUUCUGGCGCUGAAGACUGAUCACGAAGUAUUUGUCUUCAUCCGGCAAGCUGCUUCGGCUUCUAUGAUACCUGGGCAAAAAGUUCACCGCAUAGACGAACACAUUUGGAUUUUUACGGCAGGCUUCGCGGGGGAUGCACGAGUCUUGGCGUCCUCAUUGCGGUCCUUUUGUCAGCGACAUCGUCUUAGCAUGGGCGAAGCACCAACAACGUCUGAAGUGGCCCGCGAAGCGGCCGCCCUACAGCAUGAGCUGACGCGUGUUGGUGGGGCACGGCCAUUGGGGUGCACCGCGAUUGUAGCUGGCGUCGACGUAUCUAUGAAUGGGGAAACGCGCUUAUUUCGAACGGACCCCGGUGGGGUGAUGGAGGACUGUAACUUCUGUGCAGCUGGAAAAGACCAGGACCUCUCCAUGAAUAUUCUAGAAGAAACUUACGAUGCAUGUGUGGCUGCCGAC